CGCACACACCCACAGAGAAUUUCUACUGACCAAUCAACCUGACAGCCAUGUUUUAGACUGUGGGAGGAAACCGGAGUUCAAGUUUAUAAUUUAUACUCUGAUCACCGAUGGCAAAUUGUCAGUCUUGUUUCACGAACACGAUGGAGUCGAGGUGCCGAUGUCUCAGGAUGUCAAGUUUGCAGGACGUAAAGUGACAAAAACGUCCUCCCAGAGGGACGGACCAGACUCCAUGUGUCCAGACUGAAGACUCUGGUCUGUAUGUGUGUGAAAUGAAGACGGACGAAAACUUCGGCUCUGCAGCAGCUGAGCUGGUCGUAUCUGGGUUUUGGAAAAGAGACCGUCUUCCCCUAAUAAGAGGAAACAGAUGUGCUGUCCUAGGACGUUCACAAACAGGAUGGGAGAGAAAACUUAUGUCUGUUUACUACGAGGUCGAAUUCUUUGGUGUUUUCUAUGAGGUAAGAAAAACAUUAAAAUCUUGAGAAAACAAAACUGGUAUUUGGGAUGUUAUUGAAUCGCUCAAGCAGGAAAAUGAGCAAAGUCUAGGUGAAAAAUAAAUCUCUUUUUGGCAACUAAGAUCUUUGUUCAAAUGUAUAGAAAGGGAGGAACUGGGAGAGAUUCCAGAUGUAAUUGGCAUGAGAACAUCCUGUUUUGAGAGUGACCUUUUACUCUCUCUGCUCUCUGACCUUUGCUCUCUCUUUCUCUUUAUCUUUGGUUUUGAAUAGGCCACUCAUCCUAUCCAAGUAAUUUGAAACUGCUGAGCGGUUUAGAAGCAGAGGACACACCUUCAAUGCAUAUAUUAAAAUUAGGACAACACCUCUUAAUAAAAGUCUCCACUUCCCAGCAGCAAGCCGGACUGCUUCGUUUUGCAGCCACACAAGCAGUUGGGCAGUUGCUUUUUCUCUUAUAUUUGUAUUUUGUUCAUUUUUCUACUUUUCUCAGAUAUGUUUGAAGUUGAAUGGCGUUUCCACUGUCUACAUGCGGAACUCUGGAUUCAGGAGACUAGAGGAAAGCAACUAGCAAAGAAGCUUAACAUUUUAUUCCUUUAAAAUUUAACACUAGUUUUAGGUAAAUAUAGUUGGAAGAAAUCAGCGUCAAGAUGGAGGAAAAKAUGGAGGAUCAUCGCAGACUGCUGGGUUUUACCCGGACACCGAAGAUCAUCUUACACCGGAUAGAUCCCCAUCAAUGCUGCGUGUGUAAACAGGACGGGGUUCACAAUGAGCUCGGCAACCAGGAGGGGAACUCCACUGUAAAACAAGAGGAACCAGAACAUCAACAGCUCAAAGAGAAGCAACUCUGCAUCAGUCAGGAUGAAGAGCAGCUUGUGCUAAAACAGGAGACUGAUGACAUUUUGGUGAAUCCUUCUACUGUGCAGAGAAUUCACAAAGAAACAGAACCACAGAGGAACCAACUAAUCUCUCAUGGUUCUUCUGAAGAUGACAAUCAGGAUCAGGAAGGAAGCAAAUCUGAGGACUCGGGAAUAAAGAGAGAUAAAAAACAGGAAAGUCAGAGAUAUCGGAGAACCAAACAGCAGAAAGGUAAAACUGAGAGUUCAAAACAGAAAACACACAAGAAAGCUCAUCCAGACCAAAAACAAUAUUCUUGUAAARUCKGUGRUGAAGCCUUUUCUCACAGCAGUUCCUUGACAACACACAUGAGAACUCAUUCAGACAAGAAACUGUUCACAUGUUCAACUUGUGGAAAAAGUUUCACAAGCAAAUCAAACUUAUUUCGUCACAUGAUGAUUCACACAGGAGAGAAGCCUUUUUCAUGUGUGACUUGUGGAAAACGUUUCAUAACUAAAGCUUAUUUACUUCGUCACAUGAAGAUUCACACAGGAGAGAGGCCUUUUUCAUGUGUCACUUGURGAAAAAGUUUCAUAACCAAAGCUGAGUUACUUUAUCACAUGAGACGUCACACAGGAGAGAAGCCUUUUUCAUGUGUGACUUGUGGACACAGUUUCAUAACCAAAGCUGAAUUACUUCAUCACAUGAGACGUCACACAGGAGAGAAGCCUUUCUCAUGUGGGACRUGUGGAAAAAGUUUCAGAGUCAAAUAUCAUUUACUUCGUCACAUGAUGAUUCACACAGGAGAGAAGCUUUUUUCAUGUGCAACUUGUGGAAAAGGUUUCAUAACCAAAGCUGAGUUACUUCAGCACAUGAGACGUCACACAGGAGAGAGGCCUUUUUCAUGUGUGACUUGUGGAAAAAGUUUCAUAGCCAAAGCUUAUUUACUUCGUCACAUAAUGAUUCACACAGGAGAGAAGCCUUUUUCAUGUGUGACUUGUGGAAAAAGUUUCAUAACCAAAGCUGAGUUACUUUGUCACAUGAGACGUCACACAGGAGAGAAACCUUUUUCAUGUGUGACCUGUGGAAAAAAAUUCACAUGCAAAUCUCAGUUAGUUGUUCACAUGAGGAUUCAUAGUUUUGAGCUGCAGACUGUAACUCACUGCUGGCUGGUGAGCAAGUAA